ACGUUCCGCACUGACUUAAAAGCGGCGCUAUUAUCGAAACUUAAGCAGAUCUGUUUAGCAAGUGUUUGCUUUAGUCAUUUUUAAAAACUGUGGUAACGUUGUGUUGUUUCCCCUUUGUCGUCCUUUAAAAAUGUCUGGACUAGAUGUUACCGUAUUUCCACACGACUUUGCGUGGGGAGCUGCGACUGCUGCUUAUCAAAUAGAAGGUGGCUGGAAUAUGGAUGGUAGAGGCCCCAGCAUAUGGGACACAUUCUGUCAUGCCAAAGGAAGGGUGUUUAAAGACCAUACUGGAGAUGUAGCCUGUAACAGUUAUCAGCUCUGGGAAGAAGACCUAAAAUGUAUCCAACAGCUUGGACUCACCCAUUACCGUCUGUCCAUAUCCUGGUCACGGCUCCUUCCCGACGGAACCACAAAUCAUGUCAAUCCAAAAGGAGUGGCGUAUUAUAACAAAGUGAUCGAUGACUUGAUUGCUUGUGGUGUGACCCCCAUGAUCACUUUGUAUCACAUGGAUUUACCACAGGCCUUACAGGAUCUUGGCGGGUGGAGCUCGACAGAGAUUGCAGACAUCUUUGAAAAUUACGCCAGGUUUUGCUUUAAGACCUUUGGGGACAGAGUGAAGCUCUGGAUCACAGUGAAUGAGCCCUAUGUUUGUGCCAAGCUGGGCCAUGAGGAUGGCAUCUUUGCCCCUGGGAUCAAAAAUCCAGGAAUAUCAGUCUACUUGGCGGGCCAUAACAUGCUGCGCGCCCACACCAAAGCCUGGCAUAUUUAUAAUACCCAUUUCAGGCCUUUACAAGCAGGGCAAGUAUCUCUUGCCCUAAACAGUGACUGGGUAGAGCCAUUGGACCCAGGCUGUCCUAAAGAUGCUGCAGCUGCUGAGCGCUACAAGGCCUUCACUCUGGACUGGUUUGCCUGUCCUGUGUUUUGCACAGGAGAUUACUCAGAGUCCAUGAGGGCCAGGAUUGAGACAAGGAGCUUGGAUCUGGGAUGCAAACAGGGCUCACGGCUACCACGCUUCUCAAAGGAUGAGCCCUCUCCUCUGGGCACGGCAGAUUUCUUUGCACUGAAUUAUUACACGUCCCGGAAAGUAAAAGAUUUAAAUGAUGCUAGUAUGAAGAACAAGCUCAGUUUUGAGAGAGACCAGGGGGCAGAGGGUGUUGUUGAUCCAUCGUGGCCAAUAUGUGGGGUGCACUGGUUGGCUGUUGUUCCUGAGGGAUUGCGUAAAUUGCUAAAAUAUAUAAAGGACACGUACACCAGUCUGCCCAUUUAUAUCACAGAAAAUGGCUUUUCGCAGGUGGGGCCGGUUCAGAUAGAAGAUGCUGACCGUUCCCAGUUCUAUCAGGACACUCUGCAGGAAGUUGGUAAAGCCAUCAGUCAAGAUAGGGUGAAUGUAAAGGGAUAUUUUGCCUGGUCACUGCUGGAUAACUUUGAGUGGAGUGAUGGCUACAGUGUGCGCUUCGGCCUGUUUCAUGUGGAUUUCUCUACACCUGAAUUGAAGCGCACCAUUUACCGCUCAGGUAGAGAGUAUGCUGCCGUGAUAUCCAGUCAUCGAUCUCAGACCAAACCCAAGAACAUUUAACAAAAUUCCUAAAAUCAACAUAGUAUUACACUUGAACGAAUGACGUCUAAUGAAAAUUCCAUUUUGUUUUUGGGAGCGUAAAUAAUGAUGAGCCUAUCAAAAAGUGGUUACUUUACUGAGUUAUUUGCUGUAAAAUUGAAUGAGUCACACAGUGCUAUGAGAAAAGUCCUGUUAAAUUGAAAUUUAAUUUUAUUACUUAAGUUGAUGGCUCUUGAACAUUUAGUCAAGACAUCCACUUGCUUUUGCUUCUGUUAUAGGAUGAACGUAUGUCAUUUUCUUAUAUUUUGUGCAUAAUACUAUUGUGGACUAUUAAUAACCUAAGUAUUUUUUGAGCUGGAUGAAAUUGGAUCACUUCUGAAUCACAAUCUUUGCAAAAAGCAGGCAUUGGGUAUUCAAAAGAUGCAUAUGGACAAUAUCUGAUUUCUAUGAGUGACUUUCUCUGACUGUGGAAGAAAUCUAUUCUUGUGCACAGAAAAAAAAUGCAUAAUAAGGAAAAAAUGUUUAAAUAUGGUGACUUGGGAAAGAUUGAUUUACCAAGAAUUCCCAGUAGAGACGCCAUCACAGAUGAAUAUUACAUACAGAAAAUCAGGGUUUCAGUUCCAGCGUUUUGUUGAUAUAUACUGCCUCUGUGUGGUCCAAAGUGGUAUUAUACUUAGCACAGCAUUUUGUGCGUGUAUAUCGGCUUGCAUUGCUUUAUAUGAGUCCUGCAGGCAUUAAACAAACCGAAUGGUGUAAGAUGA